GCUAGAUCGGCUUGUUCUUUGGCGUUAGCUCGGGAAUUGUCGUCUCUCCGGGAAAACGCGCAGUGAACCCCACAUUACAGUCAUCCAAGUCAGUGCAAAGUUGCACCUACAAAAUUCAUACCUAUGUGAAAACCAGAUCUCCAUUCUUAGAAUGGAUGAAAAGAAAAAGUUGGAAAAAUCCUCUAUUAAUUCCAGUGCACAAAAUUCAAAUGAUGUGAGAACAAAGCAAGCAUCAGGUGCAAGCAAUGAAGUUUAUCAUCCUAAGAGAGAUGUCUUGUUAAUGGAAGAACCUAAGAAAUGUUAUUUAUUGCGUGAGCUCACUGCAGAAAGAGCAACUAUUGAAAAAGGGAUGUUGGAUGUUGAUCGACUCAUUCUUAAACUCUUUACAUCUGGUGUUCUGGACUUCAUCUCCUUGAAUAAUAUCACUAGAAAUCCCGUCAGGAAUGAUCGGACUCGAGCUCUGUUGGAUCACUUUUUACAGAUUAAUAACAAUGGGACUUUAAGACAGUUUGUUUCUCACAUGCGCGACUCAGUGAUUCUAAAUGUGGAAGCACUAAACUGGGCUGAGUAUAUGCAAGGAUGCAGUGACAGCUGCUGUAUGUUCUUCAUUAAGAAAUACGCCGAUGUUUUUAAAUACGUAUUGGAAGAAUAUGGCGUGAAGAGAUUUAAUGAAUAUUUCCUGAAAUCAGGAAUGCUGACUGAAUCUGAGAGCAAGGAUUUAUGCAAGUACAGCUAUAAGGAAGGAGCAGAGCAUUUUAUGCACAUCCUAUUCACCAAAAAAACCAUUCUUUGUGUAGCAGAUAUGUGGUUUACAUUAGUGGAGCAUAAGCAUGACAUUCCUUACCUGGGACCAUAUAUCAACAGCUUCCUGAAAGCAUUUGAUGAGCAAACUGGACCUUUCUGUCCACAAUUUGAUCCACAAUUGCCAGUCAAGCCUCUAUUAAAAAAGAGGUGCUAUGUUAAUCUCUACCGCCUGCUUCAUUUAAUACAUGUUGAAGGCACAGAAGCUAUUAGGAGAAUUUUUGAUGCCCAUGUCUCAGCAGAAGAAUUGGAAGAAGAAAUUACGAAGAACAAAGUUUUAAUCAAGAAUCGUUUGGAGGGACCAGAUUUUAGCAACUUCAAAAAAAAAUGGAUCAAUAUUAUUUAUUCAACAGACAAAUCAAAAACUCUUCAUUUCACAUUGCCUCUUUUUCAAUUUCUUGCUGUGUUUAUGAAGAAGUUUCCCCGUCCCAAGAAGGGCUGGACUGGUAGGCUUGCAAGAUCAGACACAUCUCCAGGCGCUUAUCUGCGGCGAAUUUGUGAAAUGCGAGACCACCUCUUGAAAGAUAUUUUACACAGAUAUCUAUCCUAUGAAAAAUUUGACAGAAUGUGGAAUGAAGCUUCGGAGAUACUUGGUCAACUUGGCGUGGAUGAAAAGAGAUUGCAAGAACUUCGCAUGCAGCCAAUGAGUAUUGUAUUUGUUGAAAGGAGGUACAUGGAGAAAUACUUUAAUAAACCUCUCUCUGAACUUUUGGAGGAACUUAUUGUUAAACAACACAAAGGAAUUGAUUCUAUUUGUGCUUGUUCAUUGGCAAAGGAUGUGAGUGCAGGACAGAAGCUUGAAACUAAAGUGGCUGAAGCAAAGGUGGCGGAAACAAAAGUGGCUGAAACAAAAGUGGCCAAAGCAAAGGUGGCCGAAACAAAGGUGGUCGAAACAAAAGUGGCCAAAGCAAAGAUGGCGGAAACAAAAGUGGCCGAUACAAAAGUGGCCAAUACAAAGAUGGCUGAAACAAAAGUGGCCGAUACAAAGAUGGCCGAAACAAAAGUGGCCAAAACAAAAGUGGCCGAUACAAAGAUGGCUGAUGCAAAAGUGGCCGAUACAAAAGUGGCCAAAACAAAAGUGGCCAAUACAAAGAUGGCCGAUGCAAAAGUGGCCGAUACAAAGAUGGCCGAUACAAAGAUGGCCGAUGCAAAAGUGGCCGAAACAAAAGUGGCCAAUACAAAGAUGGCCGAUGCAAAAGUGGCCGAAACAAAAGUGGCCGAUACAAAAGUGGCCGAAACAAAAGUGGCCGAUACAAAAGUGGCCGAAACAAAAGUGGCCGAAGCAAAAGUGGCCGAUACAAAAGUGGCCAAAACAAAAGUGGCCGAUACAAAAGUGGCCGAUACAAAGAUGGCCGAAACAAAAGUGGCCGAUACAAAGAUGGCCGAAACAAAAGUGGCCGAUACAAAGAUGGCCGAUACAAAAGUGGCCGAAGCAAAAGUGGCUGAUACAAAGAUGACCGAUACUAAAGAAGAGCAGAAAGGAAAAGACACUUCAGAGGAUGAGUUUUUAUUACCUGCUGCUGUGACUGGAGACUCAAAAUCAAAAAAAAGGCGAAAAAAGUCAAGAGGGAAAAAGGGUAAAAAGUCCGAAGUUGGCCCUCAGGCACUUCCACAGGAUGCUGACGUGCUCCAAGAAUUAAAAAGUACACCAACUCAAAACAGUGAAAUUCCUAAGGAUCAAACUCAAGAAAUCACACAGAAACCCAAAGCCACAGAAACAGCUUUGAAAUCUGAACAGAGCAAUGUAACAACUGUGCCUGAUCCUGAGAAUAGUCAGAAGAUCCCUGCACCUUGUCUUGUUCCUGCUGCUUCUCCAACUGAAUCCUGUGACUCUAAGGAUAGGAGUGAAGAUGAAUCUGAAACUGAGACUAGCCAGGAGAAGAUUUCGAAUGGAAUGGUUAAUGUUUGUAUCAAUACUGACGAUGUGGAUUUCAAGGAGACUUUCAAAAUAAUAGAAGCAGAGAGGACUGAAUUGACUCGUUAUAUUGAAGAUCUGCGUGACAGCUGCAAGCAAAUAGAAAAUGAAAGCUAUCUUGAAAUCAAAGGAUGGAAACAAAGAAUUCAAGAGAAAGAGAAAGAAAGUGCAGGCAUCCAGCAAGAAGUUAAUAGAGUCCACCAUCAACUCCAGGAAGAAUCUAACAGGAUGGAUCAGGAACAAAUAAAUCAUCAAGCACAAUUACAGAAAGUCAAGGAAUUACUUAGAGUUAAAAAAGCUCAAUGUGAAAGGUAUGUAAAAUCAGUGAAUGACAAGAAUGAAGAACUGCUGAAACUAAAAAAAGAAUUUGAAAAUGAACAGGAAAAAUGGUGCUAUGAACAGCGACAGCUGGAUGAAGAGAUUGCAAAUGCACAACAGAUUGAAACAGAGAAUAUAAAAAAAGCAAUCAGUCAAGAGUGUCUUUUGCUGGAGAUGCGCAGAGAUUUCUUACUCAGUAACCUGGAGGAAGCUCUGUUGGAGACGGAACAGCAGCUCAGCAUGCUCAUGGAUAAGACAAAGGGGCCAAUUGCUGAUCCAUCACAUAUUCAAGCCACUGUGAACAAAUGGGAUGCUACUGCUGCUGAUCUCAGAAGCAAGAUUGAAUAUACAAAGAAAAAUUUCAAUAAUCAUAUUCAGCUGAUCAAAAAUGGAGCUAAACUGAGUAAUCUUCCAGAACUCAUCAAUCCUGAACCACGAUACCCGCUUGCUUUGCAGGUUCCCAAAUCUGGGAGGAAAGCAAGCUCUCCUAGUUUACCAUUGCCCCAGCAUUCUCUCCAUUUACAUUCAGCUACUAAUGCUGCAGCCACCAUUGUGACUCCAGCAUCAAGCCAGUUACAUGGAUAUAGAAACAGGUCAGAAUUAAGCAAUUUUGAUGAGCCAGGACAAAUUGAGAAGAAAUCAUGGAUGGGUGUUGAGUAUCAACAACAGUUUCUGCAGCAUCAGGAGAGCAUUGAAGAAGACCCUUGUGUCAUUUGCCAUGAGGAAUUAGUUCCCCACAAAGAUUGUUAUCAGCUGGAAUGCAAGCAUACUUUUCACAAAAAGUGUAUUGAUUACUGGCUGAAGGAACAAAGUACAUGUCCUAUUUGCAGGAUUCUUGUACUAAAGCCAGAGGAUUAUCCACAACUUUCAAAAAAUUAAGGGGUUUGAACAUAACAUCCUCUGAUCUGCCCAGCUCACUUAACUCUACUAAAGCAUGCUCUACCUGCUAUGAAGGAAAUUGAACUAAAGCCAGAACUGUGUUUGGUUCUUUGGAGAGAAAUAGAAGAAAAAUGAACAUACGCGUAAAGGAGAAUAGCCAAGGAAAAUUCAGUUCAAACAUUUGAGAGAAACCUGCAGGCUGAUGUGGUUGAACAUACCAUGUGGAGGUUAUGGAAACCUCAGAAAUUCCUUGCACUGUUAGUACUAAUAAGUAAUUUGUAAUUGUUUUUCCUAUUAUGCCCCUUGGAAUGCAAAAGUACAUUUGAAGAAUCACAGUACUUAAGAUUUCCCCUAUUUUUUAGAAAGCCAAGUACAGGAUGCAGUUAUGUGGGUAAAUAUAGAAGCCACAGUGGCAACCCUCAGGCCAGAUACUGCACUUGGUCAUUCUUUUGGCAUGUGAGACAUUAGAUCAGUUACAGAUUUGAUGGAUAUUUAUUAAUAUCCUAUUCAGUUUACUUUUUAUUCAACAAGGAUGUAAUGAUUUAGUUAUUUUAUGAAAUAAUUGUAUUUAUUUAGUACAGUGACAAACUGAAAUGUGCUGAAAUCUUUCGUACACAGUAAAUUACUUUGGACAUGUGUGUAAAUGUGGUAACUAAUCUGUAACAUUAAAGUCUCAUAAAC